AUGUGCAAGAAGGCAGGGCAUUUUGCUAGGGACUGCCCUCAGCUUAAGGAGUCAACCAAAGGAAGGGUAUUUGCCAUGACUCAAGAGCAAGUGGAUCUAAACGCGGCUAUCAUCACAAGUAUGAUUCUUGUUGCCAAUAUACCGGCGCAUGUAUUAAUAGAUUCUGGUGCCAUCCAUUCAUUUAUAUAUGCGGCUUACAUUGUAAAAUGGGGCAUUACACCUAAACGAAUGAUUAAGGGAUAUAGUGUUUCUUUGCCUUCUGGAGAGGAACUACACAGUAACAGGGUGGUAAGAAAUUGUCAGAUGAUGAUGGAAAACUGUAUCGUAGGUGCAGAACUAAUUGUGCUGGAUAUGGUAGAAUUUGAUGUGAUCCUUGGAAUGGAUUGGCUGACUCAGCAUGAGGCUGUCAUCGAUUAUAAAUGA